ACACCUUUAAAAUGGCUCCAUCGUUUUCGUUCAGUAACUUCAACUUUUGAAAGGUGGCAACGUCAAUGUUUAACGUUUCUACUUCGAGGAUGGAAAACCAUAAUUUCUAUAACUUUUGACAAGAUUUGUCAAAGGAGUGUCAAAAACCCAUGUUGGAGGUAUGCGUGGACAGUCUGGAGUCAGCAAUCAAUGCUAUACAGAAUGGUGCCGAUGAAUUGGAAUUGUGCAGCUCGUUGCCCGAAGGCGGUCUUACUCCUUCGCCUGGACUUGUUCGAACAGUCAUUGCUGCGAUUGACUGCCACCUUACAGACUAUAAGAGUUGUGGUAGCUUCUUCAAGAUUGACGACUACGUGAACCUCUGCAAUGAGCCUCUGAAGCGACCCAAACUCAAUAUCAUGAUAAGAUGUCGAGGUGGUUCCGAUUUCUACUACUCAGAUCGAGAAAUAAUAACCAUGUUCGAAGAUAUAGAAUUUUACAAGACUAUGAAUGUUGAUCGAUUUGUUUUCGGAGGUCUGACACCUGACAAAAAUGUCGAUGUUCGCCUGUGUGCCAAGGUAAUAACUCGGGCAGCUCCUAAACCAGUCACCUUUCAUAGAGCAUUCGACUGCUGCAGGGACCCGCGGGAAGCUAUGAAAAUAAUUAUUGGUUUGGGGUUCGACAGAGUCCUUACCAGCGGGCACAGACCCACUGCUGCCCACUUGUUGGCCAUACAACUACUUAAACAACUUUUGUGUGAAUUUGGCGACAACAUACAAAUAAUGCCUGGCGCUGGAAUUACAGUAGACAACGUAAAAACUUUCAUUGAUAAUGGAUUUAAAAUUGUACAUAGUUCUUGCAAAGUGCCGAAGAAGUGGCCUAAAAAUCAAUUGUCUCUAGGUACUAGUGACUCAAAUAUUAUUUUCGUGACUGACGGUGAAAUUGUACGGAAAAUGAAACAACAUAUAUCAGCGUCUUCAAUUAGAAAUAAUGUAACAAUCGUCAGCGUACAUCUGAAACCAAUUUGUUGCAAGGCAUUUUGGCGCGGCUGUUACGAAAAAAGGUUUUAAGCUGUGUAC